UUUAUGGCUGUCUCCCCCAGGAGGAGUGUGAAAGGCCAGAGAGAGGAGACAGGGGAGCAAAGAAAAACAUGGACUUUUGGGAGACGGCACGACACUGGAGUCAAGGGAGUGCACGGGAGUUUUUGUGUGAAUUAUUUACACCACUGUAAAUAAAUGCACUGUUCAUCACAAAGAGUCCAACGUUUGUGUCUUCAUUUCCCACAUCCCCAAAGUGUGCCACACAGCCAGUGACAGCCAUGGAUUUAACACCUUUCCUCUGCUUUUUCCUUAUUACAUAUUUUGGGGGAUUUGCUUCUGCUCUCGAUGACCAAAAACAAGUUGUAGAAGCUGGAGAGAAUGCACUACUGAGGUGUUGUGAUUCCAGUAUCGGUAAAAUCGAAAAGUUAUCAUGGAUCAGGAGAGAUCUGGGAACAAAUCUGCAUGUUUUCUUCUACCGAGAAAAUCGUCUCUAUGAAAACAUCCAGCAUCCAUCCUUUCGUGGCCGAGUGAAGCUGAGUGAUCCACAAAUUAAAGAUGGAAAUGUGUCCCUCAUUCUCUUCAACACCACCCCUAAUGACACUGGAACAUAUGAGUGUUAUGUGGUAGGCACUCACACUGGACGCCGUAAGAGAGCAGUUUCUGAAGCCCAGCAUGUAGUGCAGCUGAAAGUUAAAUCUAUAACUCAGCCACGAGGACUCACAGAGGAUGGAUCUGUUGAGCUGAUGGUUGGUCUGUCAGCUUCUGCUGGGCUUCUUGUUGCUACUGUUGCUGGUUUUGUGAUCUACAGAAAAUUUGCAAAUUCAAAUUAUCGCUCUCCUCCUGAACAAAAGCCAGUUUCCAGGACUCCCAAGGAAACUGUAAAGAUGACAAUGGAAGUCCAACCCAAGAGUCCUCUCCUAUUAAACAGUUAAAUACAGACUGAAGAAGUCACUUGGACGGGUGACAAAACUUUUCUCCUACAAAACGCUACGUCCAGAUGAACAGAAUCAACUUUUGGAGAGUUAAAUAUAUAAAUUUCUGUUUUCAAGUCUCAAAACAGAGUUGAAGCUAAUGUGCACUGUUGUUCUCUCAGCCCACUGAGAGGAAAAGCACAUCUUUAUUAAAAACUCCUGC